AUGCUCAGGUUCCAAGAUUUAAUUGUACGCUCAUGUCUCCGAGCUGUAGCGCCAUCGAUGCCUUUUCCAUGGAUUGGCGAGGCGAAAAUAACUGGCUUUGUCCUCCUGUUUCCUUGCUUGUGGACGUGAUUAAACACGCACGAGAGUGCCGCUCAGUUGGAACUCUUAUCGUCCCUGAAUGGCCGUCUGCGUUCUUAUGGCCUUUGUUGAAGCCUUUUCUUCCCGAGUUUGCCUGUUUUGUCUUAUUAUUCGCGGGCCAGGUUAGGUGUUUUACCGAAACAAACCAUCUGUUCUCUUUGAUUGUCCGAAAUUUACCAUGCUGUCUUUGAGCGUUGAUUUCAGGUUAGGAACGCCCAUUUUUAAUUUACGCUACGUUCUUGUAUCUAGCCUGUGUACGGCUCGUAUUUUUUGCUGUGGUUACCGGGCCGUGUGAUUUGGAAGCCGCUUACGUCUAUAUGGCUGCGAUUUGUUUAAUCUAUUGGCAGUUACUACCGUACUAUCUAGCCCGUGUACAGCUCGCGUUUUUUGCUGUGGUUACCGGGCUGUGUGCUUUGGAAGCCGCUUACACCUACAUGGCUGUGUUUGUUUGAUUUAUCGGCAGUUAGUCCGUAGUAUCUAGCUCGUGUGCAGCCAUGUGUUUUGCUGUGAUUACCGGGCUGUGUCCUUGUGAAGCGAAUUUUGCCUAUGUGGCCACGUUUAAGUUGGUAUACCGGCAUUUUUGGCUUCGGAGCUCGAGUGUAGCCAGUGUUUUAGCUAUUUGGCAGAGAUGGAAGGCUUGGGCUCGUUUAAAGCUUAGUGUUCCUGUGCUUCCGGCAAUUCCACUACAAGUUGCUCUUUAUUUGACGGGACUUGUGGACCGUACAAUCUGGCAGGGCUAUUCUGUUUCAGUUAUGAGUCUGCUACCUACAGUAUCUACUGGGGACAUCGGUUAGCUGAUUUUGAGCCUCCGAAAGAACAUCCACUGGCGCCCGGAGGAAGCUGGCGAGGCCUUUUCAAUCCAAGCAGCCAUUGUCCCACGAUGUGAUCACUGAUAUUACUUUGAUUUUGAACACUACAUCUGCUUCCUUGGCGGACAUUCGUUUUUUGUUUAUCCUUUUGGUUGGAUAUGCUGGUGUUUUUCGUAUUACUAAAAUUUUGAGUCUUAGGGUGAAAGAUAUAAUUAUCUUAGACGAUUUCAUGAAAAUUAAUUUGAUUAAGUGUAAGAAUGAUCGGUACAGAAACGGCCAUAUUUCAGUUUUAGGAAUGUCUCGCAAGCCUACGUGCCCAGUAGGGAUUAUUGAAGAUUUUUUUUUUUGCUUCCCGAACCAACAACUCCUGUCAUCAAGUUGUUCGUAG